UCGUCGUCGCGCUUUGUUGCUGAAAAAAGAACUUCACCGGGCGUUAAACAAUUCCGUUAGGUAUUUGGUGGACAUCUUCUCCACUUAAGUUUGUUUCGACUGAUUUCGAGACUACCCGUGCAGUUGCCACAGCAUGGCGGUAAAGUCCAUUAACGACGAGGGACAUUUCCAGGCGGAACUGUCGGCCGCUGGUGGUAAGCUUGUGGUUGUUGAUUUCACAGCGACCUGGUGCGGCCCGUGCCGCAAUAUUGCCCCGUUGUUUGAGCAGUUGCCGGGCAAGUAUCCGAAAGCCGUGUUCCUUAAGGUAGACGUAGACAAAUGUGCCGAUACGGCAGCGACUCAGGGAGUUUCCGCGAUGCCAACAUUCAUCUUCUACCGUGCCAGGACCAAAAUUGAUCGACUACAGGGAGCAGAUAUAAAUGGGCUCGAGGCAAAAAUACAGAAACAUUAUGCGGCUAGUGCAGAUGAAUCCGGAGAGGACUACGGUCAGGGAAUGCUGGAUCUAAACACCUUUAUCCAGAAGAACCAGUGCGAGUGCUUGAACGAAGCGGAUGAUCAUCCUUGGACGAACGCGCUUACCGCGACUGGGGGCCAUUUAGCGUCCGACUGUGACGAGCAGCUCAUCAUAUCGAUUACCUUCAACCAGGUGAUAAAGUUGCACUCGCUGAAAAUCAAAGCACCUCCGACACACGGGCCUAAGAACAUCAAGCUGUUCAUUAAUCAACCACGUACACUCGACUUUGAUAUGGCCGACUCGUACGUUUCGGUUCAGGAUCUGGAAAUUGACCCGAAGGAUUUAGAAACUGGCAAUCCCAUCAAGCUGCGAUUUGUCAAGUUCCAAAACGUACAGAACAUUCAGCUGUUCGUGAAGGAUAACCAGUCGGGUGGCGAGACGACAAUCAUUGACCAUCUGGCCUUUAUCGGACAGCCGAUAGCGACGACGAAGAUGGACGAUUUUCAGCGUGUGGCCGGAAAGAAGGGCGAAAGCCACUGAACGAGUUUACCGCAGAAACAAAUGCGGUGUGUGAUCGGUCUCGGAUAUAGAACAAAUCCUGCCCGCAGAACACGAGUGUUAUGAUGGUAUCGUUCGUCGACAUGCAAAGACGACUGACCUGUUUGCAAUUCUUUUCUCAUGAAUCGGAACUAUCAUUUAAUAAAAAAAAAUAACACAAACUUAUAA